AUCGGAGACAGGAAAGCUGCGUUCCUUGUUAAAUUUAGAAUAACAAUCGAAAACAUUCUCUACAGAUACGAAGAAUAUGGACAAUAGUAAGCGGAAUGUUGUUGUAACAGGGUUUGAGCCAUUUGGAGCGCACACCAUUAAUGCCAGUUGGGUAGCAGUCCAGGAACUGAAAAAGCUGGGCUUGGGAAAGGACGUAGACCUGCAUGUGUAUGAGGUGCCUGUUGAGUACCAGGCAGUCCAGAGUUUGGUUCCGUCAUUAUGGAAGCAGUAUCAUCCCCAGUUAGUGGUCCAUGUUGGAGUCUCGGGUAUGGCCACCACCGUUACCUUGGAGAAAUGUGGCCGUAACCAUGGCUACAAGGGUCUCGACAACAGCCGCUUCUGUCCCCAUUCUCAGUGUUGCAUUGAGGGGGGUCCUGACUGCAUUGACUCUGUUAUUGACAUGGAAUCGGUCUGCAAGAGAGUGACAGCCUCUGGCCUAGGUGUAGCAGUGUCCGUCUCAAAAGAUGCUGGCAGAUACCUCUGUGACUUCACCUACUAUACCUCUCUGUACCUGAGCCAUGGGCGCUCAGCGUUCGUCCACGUGCCUCCCAUAGCAAAGCCUUAUAGUGGAGAGGACCUGGGUAGAGCCCUUCAAGCCAUCAUACAAGAGAUGCUGAACAUGCUAGACAGAGCUGAAGAGAAGAUCCACUGCCAGCACGUGCACUAAGUGACCUGCGAAAGCCAACUGCCUUUACCCCUUACACACAGGAGAUAUUAUGCAGUUAACCACAAAUACCCCAAUAACGGUUUUGUUUUAUUACCUCUUCUGGUGCAAAAGAGGAAAUGGCAACGAAACGGACACUUCCAGUUGACUCAUUCCACAGAAAUGUUUUCACGUUCUUCGUUGAUGUUGCCUCAAGCACUUUACCUGGCCCAGCUGUUUUUUUUAUUUUUUAUCUUAGUGGUUAUGGAUAGAGGUGAGGUGAGUAAAGCUGAUCCAGGUCUAGUGUUUAGGUGUAACUUGAGCUUUCUCCACAUCCUCUCUAGAUAGCAAGAGUUGCUUCCGUGUUCUGGGGAAUUGAACUGGAAUUACUGGAAUUGACAGAAGUGAGCCACCUGCUUGCGUUAAGAUUGCUACUCUUUUUGAAUCUGUUUUCAUGGUUUCAUGGUUUUGGCUCUUUAUCCAUACUUUCACUGUAAUCUCAGAAACAGUGUAUGGAAAAGUCAUUUUCUACAUCAACUCACUGUACAAGUUCCACAUUAUUUAUUGGGGUCUUUCCUUUUUCCUUUCAGUUAUUUUAAGGGGAAUUUCUGCCUUUGGUUGUUAAUCAUCAUCUUGAAGAGUUGUUUUUCUUACCAGCUUUUUCAUUGAAGUCUGAGGCAUCCACUUGUUGGUACUACUUAAGUCAUGCUAGUACUUCCUGUAUUUAUGUAUAUUAUUUAAUGGUGUUAGCUUAAGGUGUUUAGCUAGAUUUAUAUGUUCUGAAUGUGCCUGAAACUUUUUCUGUAAAGCAUUAUUUAAAGAGAAAUUCACAUUGUUUUUGCACAUUUCCCCAAUUCAUUAUCUGAACAUUUGUUUGUUGUUUUUUGUAUAAAAACUUUUUUUUUCAACAAAAUUCAGAUAGUUACUUUUUAAAUGUAAAAUGUUGCUCUUUUACAUUGAUAACUUAUUGUUUCUUGAGUCUUUUUAUUUAUCAGAAGUUGUACAUUUGCCUUCUUUUACUAAGGUAUCGAGAAAUGGGUUGGUUGUAUCAAGUAUUUUUUUUGUCUGUUUGCCCAAUUUUGACUGGUAGCUCUUUGGUAUUGUUUGUCAGAUACGGCAUUAGUUCAAUGAACUUCAUCAGAUCAGUAUUGUCACGCCCUGACCCGUUUAUUUCUCUAUUUGGUUAGGUCAGGGUAUGAUUUGGGUGGGCAUUCUAUGUUUUCUAUUUCUUUGUUUUUGGCCGAGUGGUUCCCAAUCAGAGGCAGCUGUCUAUCGUUGUCUCUGAUUGGGAAUCAUACUCAGGCAGCCUUUUUCCCACAUAUGUUGUGUGUAAUUAUUUAUUUUCUGUGUGUGUUUGUGUGCGCCACGGUUGCGUCACGUUCGGUUUCUGUUUACCUGUUUUUUUUAAAUGAAAGUUUCACUUUAUUAAAAGAUGUGGAAUUACAUGCACGCUCGCUGCGCCUUGGCUCAUCUAUGACAGUUUGAAGACAGUGAAUGUGACAAGUAUGCUUAUCACAGUGAAAUGCCUUUUACUGUACUAGUGCACAGGAUGUAGGCAGCCAGUUGAGAAUUGGACCCUGUACUUGCAUUUCUAUGGCACUUUCAUUUUUACUUUAUCAAAUUAUUUUGGAUGUUUCAACUUUAUGAACAUCGGUGAGUAGGUUUAAUUUUGCUCAUGUUUUUAUUUGUCAUAAAUAACACAGUAUUUGUUUUCUGUUAUCUCCCAUUAUGGGUUAUUCCAGUGUUGUGUAUAUGCAGGACCAGUCAAACGUUUGGACACGCCUACUUAUUCCAUGGUUUUUCUUUAUUUUUACUAUGUUCUACAUUGUAGAAUAAUAGUGAAGACGUCAAAACUAUGAAAUAACACAUGGAUUCGUGUAGUAACUUAAAAAAAAAGUUUGAAGAAUCUCAAAUAUAAAAUAUAUUUUGAUUUGUUAAAGUAGCCACCCCUUGCCUUGAUGGCAGCUUUGCACAGUUGUCAUUCUCUCACCCAGCUACCAUCAUCGAAAACCAUCAAGCGCUAUGAUGAAACUGGCUCUCUUGAGGACCGCUACAGGAAAGGAAGACCCAGAGUUACCUCUGCUGCAGAGGAUAAGUUCAUUAGAGUUUCCAGCCUCAGAAAUUGCAGCCCAAAUAAAUGCUUCACAGUUGUGUCAAGUAACAGACACAACUCUUCAGAGGAGACUGUGAAUCAGGCCUUCAUGGUCGAAUUGCUGCAUGAGACAAGGAUAUCCGUACCGGCCAAACCCUCCCUAACCCGGACGACGCCUAGGCCAAUUGUGCAUCGCCCCACGGACCUCCCAGUCACGGCCGGUUACGAUAGAGCUGGCGCUGCAGUACAGCGCCCUUAACCACUGCGCCACGCGGGAGGCCCAACUAGUGAUUAUGAUUGAUUGUUUUUUAUAAGAUAAGUUUAAUGCUAACUAGCAAUUUACCUUGGCUUACUGCAUUCACGUAACAGGCAGUCUCCUUGUGGAGUGCAACGAGAGAGAGGCAGGUCGUUAUUGCGUUGGACUCGUGAAAAUCUGUCGUUCUGCCCCUGAACAAGGCAGUUAACCCACUGUUCCUAGGCCGUCAUUGAAAAUAAGAAUGUGUUCUUAACUGACUUGCCUAGUUAAAUAAAGGUAUAAUAAAAAAUUAAAAAAUCGGCGCCCAAAAAUACCGGCCAUUCCGAUUAAUCGGUCGACCUCUAAUCUCAACCCAAUUGAGAUGGUCUCGGCUGAGUUGGACCGCAGAGUGAAGGAAAAGCAGCCAACAAGUGCUCAGCAUAUGUGGGUACUCCUUCAAGACUGUUAGAAAAGCAGUCCUCAUGAAGCUGGUUGAGAGAAUGCAGAGAGUGUGCAAAGCUGUCAUCAAGGCAAAGGGUGGCAACUUUGAAUAAUCUCAAAUGUAAAAUAUAUUUUGAUUGGUUGGUUACUACAUGAUUUGUUGGUUUCUUUUUUGGUUACUACAUGAUUCCAUGUGUGUUAUUUCAUAGUGUUGAUGUCCUCACUAUUAUUCUAAAAUGUAGAAAAUAGUAAAAAAAUAUAUAAAAAACUUGAAUGAGUAGGUGUGUCCAAACUUUUGACCGGUACUGUAAAUUUCAAAAGCCAUGUAAUCCUCUAGUGGUACAGCCACAUAAUAACAUGUAGCUGAUCUAGAUUAAUAGUAUCUUCUUCCCAGAACAACUGUCAUACACAAUAUUUUGUUGUUGCCCAAAAUACAGUAUGUUUUAUAGACUAAGUGGUAGUGGGUAUUGUAGCAUUCAUGGACUCUUAUGGAGAUUCAUCUUUGUGUUUUUGUUUACCUGUUCCUCCACACUGUCACAUACCAGUAAUUACCUGGUUAUUACAUACGUGUAAAAUGUGUAUGAUAAAAAUCAUGAGUCAUCAGGGAAUUGUCAUUGUGAGAGAGCUUACCAACUGUAAUGACUUUACUCAAAGAUGUGAAAGCAUUUAUGUCCCUAAGUGCUUGUUGAAGUGGGCAAUUUCCUUUAAGAUCCUCUUUUGACCUGUGUCUUGUUGUGUUAUGGAAAGGGAACACAGAAUAUCCACUAGGUUACUAUUUAGAAAUAAACAUAGUACAUACAUCGAUCCCAGUAUGCCCAAAACCUAUACCAGCCUAUAAAUUAUCUGCUGUCUCAAUGUGUAUGCCUUUUGUUCUUGGAUGUAUAUAAUAUUUUAUUAUGGCAUCUAGAUUUAAAUCCAAUUCCUCUGUAUUUUCCCAGAUUUCUAUUUGGCUUUGAGCUGAACAAUGGUUUUGAGACAGAAAGAAACAUUGUGAAAAGGAUUAUCCUCAUUCACAUUUGAAUAAAUUAAGGAAAAUAA